CCCCCUCCCCUCCACCUUCGCGGCGUGCGCCGGGCUGGUUUUCCGGGUUCCCCUGGACGGAGUUGGAUCCUGGUUUUCGCCAAGGCAGGAAGUGAGUUUCGCACGGCAAUUCCGGGCGGUGUCACGAGUGAAAAGUUUUUUUUUCCUCCGGCGGAGAUCCUGGUUGGGGCUGGGAAACUCCUGCAAAACUCGAGACCAGGAAGCCAGCCCUCAUCCCAGCCCCCACCAGAGCCACCUACUCGUACUUCUGGAGGCCACUCCACAUCCGCUCUCACCGUACUGAGAAAUUCGGCUGGAUCCCUUUAUAAGUGACUCACGGAGGGAAGGAAAUCAUGUCAAGCGGAGCCUUGAAAAAGCUGCCCUGAGACACUGUCCGACAGAAAGACAGGGUCUCACUGUGUAGUCCAGGCUGGGCUUGAAUUUGCAGCGAUCCUCCUGUUUUAGCCUCCCAAGUGCUGGGAUUACAGUGUUGAAUCCAGGGAGAGAUGAGCUACAUCCUCGGCCCAUUACCUUGUAUUUUAUUUCAAGACAAAGUCUCACUGAGUUGCCUAGGCGAGCCUCAAACUUGUGAUCUUUCUGCCCUAGCCUCACGAGUAGCUGGCAUUCCAGCAUGUUGACUCAAUUAAGAAACAUCAGGGAGAUUAAUUCAACCCAGCGUAUCUAAAAAUGACUACAAAACGAAGUUUGUUUGUGCGGUUGGUACCAUGUCGCUGUCUACGAGGAGAAGAAGAGACCGUCACUACUCUGGAUUACUCUCAUUGCAGCUUGGAACAAGUUCCCAAAGAGAUUUUUACUUUUGAAAAAACUUUGGAGGAGCUCUAUUUAGAUGCCAAUCAGAUCGAAGAACUUCCAAAGCAACUUUUUAACUGUCAGUCUCUACACAAACUGAGUUUGCCGGACAAUGAUUUAACAGCUUUGCCAGCGUCCAUUGCAAAUCUUAUUAAUCUCAGGGAACUGGAUGUCAGCAAAAAUGGAAUACAAGAGUUUCCAGAAAAUAUAAAAAACUGUAAAGUCUUGACAGUUGUGGAGGCCAGUGUAAACCCUAUUUCUAAGCUCCCUGAUGGAUUUUCUCAGCUGUUAAACCUAACCCAGUUAUAUCUGAAUGAUGCUUUCCUUGAGUUCUUGCCAGCUAAUUUUGGCAGAUUAACUAAACUCCAGAUACUAGAACUUAGAGAAAACCAGUUGAAAAUGUUGCCUAAAACCAUGAACAGACUGACCCAGCUGGAAAGACUGGAUUUGGGAAGUAAUGAAUUCACAGAAGUGCCUGAAGUACUUGAGCAGCUAAGUGGAUUGAAAGAAUUUUGGAUGGAUGGUAAUAGACUAACUUUUAUUCCAGGGUUUAUUGGUAGUUUGAAACAGCUCACAUAUUUGGAUGUUUCUAAAAAUAAUAUUGAAAUGGUUGAAGAAGGAAUUUCAGCAUGUGAAAACCUCCAAGACCUCCUUUUAUCAAGCAACUCACUUCAACAACUACCUGAGACUGUUGGUUCAUUGAAGAAUGUCACAACUCUUAAAAUAGAUGAAAAUCAAUUAAUGUAUCUACCAGACUCUAUAGGAGGGUUAAUAUCAGUAGAAGAACUGGAUUGUAGUUUCAAUGAAAUUGAAGCUUUGCCUUCAUCUGUUGGACAGCUUACUAACAUAAGAACUUUUGCUGCAGAUCAUAAUUACUUACAGCAACUACCCGGAGAGAUUGGAAAUUGGAAAAAUGUAACUGUGCUCUUUCUCCAUUCUAAUAAACUCGAGACACUUCCAGAGGAAAUGGGUGAUAUGCAAAAAUUAAAAGUCAUUAAUUUAAGUGACAAUAGAUUGAAGAAUUUGCCAUUUAGCUUUACAAAGCUACAACAGUUGACUGCUAUGUGGCUCUCAGAUAAUCAGUCCAAACCCUUGAUACCUCUUCAAAAGGAAAGUGACUCAGAGACUCAGAAAAUGGUGCUUACUAACUACAUGUUCCCUCAGCAGCCAAGGACUGAGGAUGUUAUGUUCAUAUCAGAUAAUGAAAGUUUUAAUCCUUCCUUGUGGGAAGAACAGAGGAAACAGCGGGCCCAAGUUGCAUUUGAAUGCGAUGAAGACAAAGAUGAAAGGGAGGCACCUCCCAGGGAGGGAAAUUUAAAGAGAUAUCCAACACCAUACCCAGAUGAGCUUAGGAAUAUGGUCAAGACUGUUCAAACCAUUGUACAUAGAUUAAAAGAUGAAGAGACCAGUGAUGACUCUGCAAGAGAUUUGAAAUCACAUGAAGACCAGCAAGUUGCAAAUAAAGAUGUGGGUGUGAAGGCUUCAGGAAGUACUACUCCAAUAAAAAGCAAAGUUGAUGAAAGAGAAAAGCAUAUGAUAGGGAACUCCAUACAGUCUAUACAGAUCAAUGAAGCUGAGAUCAGUCCUGGGAAUUUACCAGUAACUGUAAAUAUGAAAGCCUCUGAGAACUUGAAGCAUGUUGUUAAUCAUGAUGAUGUUUUUGAGGAAUCUGAAGAACUUUCUUCUGAUGAAGAGAUGAAAAUGGCAGAGAUGCGACCACCAUUAAUUGAAACCUCUAUUAACCAGCCAAAAGUCGUAGCACUUAGUAAUAACAAAAAAGAUGAAACAAAGGAUACAGAUUCUCUAUCAGAUGAAGUUACACAUAAUAGCAAUCAGAAUAACAGCAAUUGUUCCUCUCCAUCUCGAAUGUCUGAUUCAGUUUCUCUUAACACUGAUAGUAGUCAAGACACGUCACUCUGCUCUCCAGUGAAACAAACUCAUAUUGAUAUUAAUUCUAAAAUCAGGCAAGAAGAUGAGAAUUUUAACAGCCUUUUGCAGAAUGGAAAUAUUUUAAACAAUUCACCAGAGGAAAAAUUCAAAGUUCAUGAUAAGAAAGAUUUUAACUUUGCUGGAUAUGAUUUAAAUAUUGAAGAACAAUUAGUUCUAAUUGAGAAAGGUGUUGACUCAACAGCUACAUCUGAUGAACCUCGCAGAUUAGACCAUAUCAACUUGAACCUUAAUAAACUUGUGACUAAUGAUACAUUUCAACCAGAGAUAAUGGAAAGAUCAAAAACACAGGAUAUAGUGCUUGGAACGGGCUUUUUAAACAUGAAUUCUAAAAAGGAAACUGAGCAUUUGGAAAAUGGAAAUGGGUAUCCUAAUCUGGAAUCCAUAAAUAAGGUAAAUGGACAUUCUGAGGAAACGCCACAGUCUACUAGUAGGACUGAACCACAAGAUGCCAGUUCUUCUGUUGAUGUAGGUAUUUCCAAAAGCACUGAAGAUCUUUCCCCUCAGAGAAGCGUUCCAGUUGGAUCUGUUGUGAAAUCUCAUAGCAUAACUAAUAUGGAGACAGGAGGGUUAAAAAUUUAUGAUAUUCUUAGUGAUAAUGGACCUCAGCAGCCAAAUGCAGCAGUUAAAAUCACAUCUGCUAUUGAUGGACAAAAUAUAGUCAGGAGCAAGUCUGCCACACUAUUGUUUGAUCAACCAUUACAAAUAUUUACUGGUUCUUCUUCAUCUUCUGAUUUAAUGUCAGGUACAAAGGCAAUUUUCAAGUUUGAUUCAAAUCAUAAUCCCGAAGAGCCAGACAUAGUGAGAGCACCUACAACAAGUAGCCCACAAUCUACACCUCAAAUAUAUGGUCCUCCACAAUAUAAUGUCCAAUACAGUAGCAAUGCUGCAGUCAAAGAUAGUUUGUGGCACUCUAAACAAAGUUCUCAAAUAGAUCCUGUUAGUUUUCCUCAUCGCCUUCCUAGAUCAGAAAGCACAGAAAACCACAGUUAUGCUAAACAUUCUGCCAAUAUGAAUUUCUCUAACCAUAACAAUGUGAGAGCUAAUACUGCAUACCAUUUACAUCAGAGACUUGGCCCAAGACAUGGAGAAAUGUGGGCCAUCUCACCAAAUGACCGACUUGUUCCUACAGUAAGUCGAACUACAAUUCAGCGACAAAGUAGUGUAUCUUCAACAGCCUCUGUAAAUCUUGGUGAUCCAGGUUCCACAAGGCAUGCCCAGAUUUCUGAAGGAGACUAUUUAUCGUACCGAGAGUUACAUUCGGUGGGAAGAACUCCUCCAGUGAUGUCAGGAUCACAGAGACCUCUUUCUGCACGAACAUACAGCAUUGAUGGCCCAAAUGCAUCAAGGCCUCAGAGUGCUCGACCUUCUAUUAAUGAAAUAUCAGAGAGAACUAUGUCAGUUAGUGAUUUCAACUAUUCACGGACUAGCCCUUCAAAAAGACCAAAUGCAAGGGUUGGUUCUGAACAUUCUUUAUUAGAUCCUCCAGGAAAAAGUAAAGUUCCUCAUGAUUGGCGAGAACAAGUACUUCGACACAUUGAGGCCAAAAAGUUAGAAAAGAGCAUGCUGUCAAGGUCCUUUAAUUCCAAUUUCACUGCUGUAAGCAGCUCUCAGUAUGGCAGCUCUAGGGAUCUACAUGGCAGCCAGGGCAGUCUUGCCUUGAGUGUUGCAGAUGGAAGAGGUUCUGGUGGGCACAUUUUCCAACAUGCCUGGACAUCCAGUCCAGGAGAUUCUUGCCAAGAUGAUACAUUCAUUUCAGCACAGCAGAGCUACUCAUCAGCUACACUUAGUCACAAAGAUGUUCUUCCAGACAGCUUGAUGAAAAUGCCUUUGAGUAAUGGACAGAUGGGCCAGCCUCUCAGGCCUCAGGCAAAUUAUAGUCAAAUACAUCACCCCCCUCAGGCAUCUGUGGCAAGGCAUCCCUCUAGAGAACAACUAAUUGAUUACUUGAUGCUGAAAGUGGCCCACCAACCUCCAUAUACACAGCCCCAUUGUUCUCCUAGACAAGGCCAUGAACUGGCAAAGCAAGAGAUCCGAGUAAGGGUUGAAAAGGAUCCAGAACUUGGAUUUAGCAUAUCAGGAGGUGUUGGGGGUAGAGGAAACCCAUUCAGACCUGAGGAUGAUGGUAUAUUUGUAACAAGGGUCCAGCCUGAUGGACCAGCAUCAAAAUUACUGCAACCAGGUGAUAAAAUUAUUCAGGCUAAUGGCUACAGUUUUAUCAAUAUUGAACAUGGACAAGCAGUGUCUUUGCUAAAAACUUUCCAGAAUACAGUAGAACUCAUUAUUGUACGAGAAGUUUCCUCAUAAGCACUGUGGACAAAAAAAAAAGAUGGGGGGAAGGACAGCAAGAUUUAUCAGAAGAUACUUGCAGGGGAAAUUAAUAUUUUGACUAUUUUUAUAUGUAAAGAAGAACUUGAUCCUGUUCAAAUUUGUACAUUAAUGAAAUAAUGAAGCUUGGGGUUAGAGGGAAAGAACCACUCUACAGAAGAUAAAGGAGACUGUUGAAUUCAUAUCAUAUAAAACUUGUUAGGUUUUUUAAACAUAGCAGUCAAGGCUACAAAAACAAACUUAUGUUGGUUUUGUAUAGAUUGUAGGUUUAUUUUUGAAUUUCAUACACAUGACUGAACUGUGCAAGGCAAUAGUUAGCCUUGAUUGUAGCCCAGAGACAGAUGGCAGAGCUGUCUAUCUUACAGCUUUUAUGCCCUUAUUUUUAUCCAACUUUUGUUAAUGUUUUUCUGUUAAAACUAUUUUUUUUUUUUGAUGUGGGCAAGAGAUUUGAAGUGUUGGGUUUUGCUAUGUGCAUACUGAAUUGAAGAGUGAGUAGGUGAAGGUGGUGCUGGUGGGGUCACUUUCCAAGGCCAGGUUAAAAGUUAUUUCCUAUAAAAAUCUGGAAGCAAAGAAUUAAAAAAAAGCUGAUGAGUUUUUAUUAAUAGAAAAAUGCAAUAAAAUAUGUAAUGUCUUUUUAAAGAAGUAAAAAGAUAAUAAUUGCAUUUUAUGAGCUCUACAAGGUCUGUUGUCAUAGCCAUUUAUAUACAUUUGCUACUGAUGAUUCAAUUUUUUAAUUUUCUAGUCACAGGAAAUUUUUAACUACUGUAGAUGCAAGUCCAUGCAUUCCUCAUGCUAUAGAAAUCUUUUUUUUUGUAAAUGCCGAUACUUGCAACCUGUUUUAUAGUUAGUACUCUACUUUAAUCUAAUUAAUGUUUUGUUUUAAACAGCAAAUGGAACUAAAAUGGCCAGUUUUAAGAUUAUGCUGCCUGUAAACACAACAUGUAAGAAGGUUCAGGAAAGCCUCUUUGUUUUUGUUUGACCUUGAAUUGCCUUGGUAAAGUAAAGGAAACAUGGAGUAUGUGUGGAGCUAGGAAACCAAAGCAAGUUUGUGAAACUGGCACAGUGAUAGAGAAUUGCUGUGGAGAGUUGUAGAACAAAGGGAUGGGUCCUCGAGACCUGCCAGUGUGGAAAAUUGUUCAAAUAAUGGGCUGUUCCUGUAAGUAACAUUAAAUGUGAACUUGAUGCUUUAGAGUCCUUAAAGGGUUUCUAAGUGAAUCCAUGUAAUAGUGUUGCCACCAACUGCCUUUGUUCUAGUUACUGUAACUUACAAGUGUUUGAUGAUAUAGGUCUAUUAAUUUUGUUUAUCUAAAUCAUUAAUUUUGUUUUUAUUGUAUGUAAUCAAAUAAAAUUUGAGUAACAUGCAAUGAUAAGAAUUAAUGCAUGGUUAUUUGGACCAGAAAAAAGUGCCAUAGAAGACUAAUAACUGUUUUUAGUUGAGGCUGGUCUAAAACCUUUUAUUAGAGCCAUACUCAGUUCUUCCAUUCAUUUUUAAUUUCUAAGAAAUACACUUAGGGAAUUUUUAAUGUUACUAUUUUUCUUUAAGACCUUUAUAAGACUAGCUGAAAUACCAACCUACACUAUUUCUGAAAAAGUGAGUAGAACUCACUUUCUAGUCAGAGUAAAUAGCACUUUUAAAAAUAUGUGAAUUCAAAUACUGCACAUCUUUCAAGAUGUUAUCAAUUGGUUAUUAUACUGUAUAGUUGUAAUAAUUUUGAUUGAAACCCUUUAACAACUCUUUGUAAAUUGUAACUCAUUUUAGUUGAUUUUCAGUACUAUUUACAUAGGAAUUGAUUUUUAUGGAUAUAGUAGAAGAAAUGUGCUGUAUUUUGGUAAAAUUCACUUGUAUGUGUUUUAAUUUCUAAAAAAAAGUGACAAACAUCUUUAAGACAAGUGUCAGUGUUCCCUUUAUUCUGUUGAUUUAAAAAUAAUAAUUUUGGCUUUGUAAAAUGCUCACAUUUAUAUUUAAUUAAUUUCAAGUUUUCAUAAUCACAUUCCACCUUUUAUUAGUAAUAUAUAAUAAUUGUAAAGACCCAAGAUUAUAUUUUGGAAAAGGAAUUAAGCCUCACAGAAGAAUUGAUUCUUCAGUGAUCUACUUUUAAAUUCAUUAUCUGCAUAUUUUAUUGAAAAAUAUUACAAGUGUAACAGCACUAGUAUUUAAUUCCAUUCUAGUUCAUUUUAAAGUUUUGUGACAUUCUAUGUAGAAUUAAGAAAGUUUGUUACCAUGAAGAGUAGUACAUGAUACAAUAUAAACAGAAGAAAAAAGAGGAAAAGGGUUUUGUAUUUAAUAGCCAAAGUUUUUUUCCAAAAUAUUGGGAAAUUAAAAGACAAGAAUUUUUAUUAGAGUCUGCUAUUAUAGUAACCAAGUUUCAAAAUUCAGCAUACUAAUUUAAAUCUUUUGAGGAAAUGAAGACAACUUUAGGGUUUUUUUUUCCCCCUGCUUAGAGUUUUAGUUUAUGUUCUGUUGAGUGAAUUAUAGUUAAACUCUGUACUCUUAACUGACUUUAGCAAGUAUUAUGUGGCAAAUUUUCAAAACAAAAACUGCCUUCUUUUAACAGUGUUAAAAUUUCUUACCCUAAGCAGUAAAAUUUUAUACCAGUAAAAAUGACAUUGAUCAAAAUAAUUUAUUCAAUAUAGAAUUAGUGACACAAACUAGUUUUAUGUUGAUUUAUUAAGGAAUCAGUUCAUCUGAAUCAGUAGUCUUCUAACAUUAUCUUGUAAAUAUUUUUCUGAUCUCUUUGGACUGAUCUUGAGAAUGUGUAUAUACUUGAAAAAUUCUUUUGAACACAACUUGCUGUACUUUAAAAAGUCACAUUAGUAGCUGUGUAAUAUUUUUAUCAGCAUCUAUCCAACAUUCCAAAUUUUGUAUAUAUCUAGAUUGUUUGAAGUAACACAUAGAGGGUAGAAAAUAAAAGAUUGGUGUUUUAA